UAAAGUUAAAACUUUAAAGAAUAUGAAAUGGUUAUAAAACUCCAUUUUAAAUAUUGUUAAUGCUUUAUAAAUCAUUUCUAAUACAUGUAAAGCAGACUUAAUUAACAAUAAAAUUACAACAAAAUGAAUACUAAUUGUGAAGCAAUAUUUGGUUUGCAAUGUUUUUGGGGUUCAGAAGUAAAGUUUGGAAUAAUUCAAGGAGUGAUUGGCACAAGCGUUGGCUAUACGGGAGGCUCGACACCAGACCCCACCUAUAAGAACCUCAAAGAUCACAUAGAAGUGGUUAAAGUAGUGUUUGAUCCAAAACUUGUUACUUAUGAGGAGUUAUUGUCAGUGUUCUGGAGUAGUCAUGACCCGACGUUUGUCACUAAACGCCAGUAUAUGUCCGCUAUUUUCUACAACAAUAGCCAACAAAGACUACUCAUUCAAGAGUCACUUGAGGCACAACAGAGACAAUUGUCUGAACCAAUUGUCACACAAAUAUUGCCGUUUAAUGUCUAUUAUUUGGCUGAAGACUAUCAUCAAAAGUAUUUCCUACGUAAACAUCAAUCAUUGUUAUUAGAGAUUGGGUUAACUAAUAGUGAAGUGGUGUUGAGUCCAGUGGCCGCUCGACUCAACGCCUAUUGCGCUGGAUUUGGAUCAACACUACAGUUGGACAAUGAGCUCAAGAGGUUUGGCCUACACUUGAGUCCACACAACCACCAACUCAUCCAACACUUGAUUAACUCCGGACCCAAUUUGGGUGAAUGUUAAUCACUAUUUGACACUCAAAUUGAGUCAAUAUUAAGUCAAUCAAAACAUUAACAAUGAGUUAAUUAUUUAUUAAAUCACUUUAAAUAUGAAUUGAAUAAUAAAUACCGAAAAAGUUUCUCUGA